GGGCGACAUUCUUCGCGCUUACACUUCUCCUUCUCAUUUACAUUUUAAGAUUUCGUAGAUUUCUCGCUAUCUUUGCAAUUGUACCCCGUCGCGACUAGGGUUGUCUGGUGAGUUGGUGAGUAGGAGGAAGAGAGUCCCUUUCGGGUGCAUCUGCAGUCGAGCCGAUUUGCUCACCGAUUUGCGAGGCGGAGUCGAAUUUGGCGAAGUUUUCCUCUGUCACCGGAGUGUCGAGUCGGGUGAUUGCGUCGGCGAUCAUGGAGGAGAGGACUUUGGAAGUGAACAUCGUUUCGGCAGGGGAAUUGCGCAAGACCAAGACCUUCGGAUCGCCCAAAUUUUACGUUGUGGCGUACAUCUACUCGAAUCAAAAGAAGUCGACGAAGGUGGACAAGGCCGGCGGCUUGAACCCUACGUGGAACUCGAAGCUUUUGCUGACCUGCGACGAUCGGCUGCUACACCAGCCCGGAUACUUCAUCACGCUCGAAGUCAUAAGCGAUGGGUUCUUGUCGAACAAGCUCGUAGGAACUGUCACGAUUCCCCUUCAAGAAAUUGCCGGCGAUGAGAAGUUCAACGACAAGCCUCAGAUCAUGGCAUUCCAAGUGAGGAGUCAACGCACAGGAGAAUUGAGAGGUGUCUUAAAUCUUUCGAUCAGGGUCGGAGCGAAGAGGAUCAUCCAAAUGCACGUCCCUCAGCAAAGCGCGUAUAUGCAGCAGGGUGCAUAUGCUCCAGGCUACGGAGGUGGCUAUGGUGGUCAAUACGGUGCUCCCCAGUACGGCUACGGUCAGCGACAAUCGCAGUACGGUGGAGGCUACCAGCAGCAGCGGCCUCGCAGGGGAGGACCUGGAUUCGGCGCCGGUCUUGUAGGUGGUGCUCUGGGUGGAUUGCUCGUGGGAGACAUGAUUGGCGACAUGGGAGAUUGCGGUGGAGGAGAUUUCUAGGCCGUGAAGAACUCUCCUAGUAUUAGUCGAAAAGAGAUGAUUCCGAUAUAAUCUUUCAUCCUUCACUCGAUACUGUCAUCACUCCAUCUUCACAGUCCUCUGUACCACAUGUAACAAAACGUUUUCACAUCGGAACUCAAUCACAUGUUCUUUGAAGCACGUCGAAAGCCAACGGAGUCAGUGGAAUGCGGAAAUCGAGCUGUUGUGGGUAUGAGCUAGAGAUGAAAAUCAUUUCAUUCCUGUUCGAUUCCUCCGCGGCGGGUAUGAUAUCACUGGAGGAAUCGAAGUUGAUCAUCGCAGCACCACAGCAAGAAGCUGAACCCGCCAUCCAGCUUCGAGUACCGUAUUUCUCUUCUCGACUCAGUUGCUGCCACGAACCAUCACGCGCACAUCUAACCACGUAUCGAAAAUCUGAAAGCUGUCACCUCCCAGAACGCGCAAUAUCGUGAACACAAGUGUACAGGGAUUCUGCGAGAGUGCAGCACGCGCUAGACAUAGUCAGCGAUUUAAAUGCAUUUUCUGCACAGGCAGAAGUCAUUAUUGCUAAUCUGGAGAUAGAUAAGAUACUUGACAGUACAGUAGUCUUCGAGAACAUUUUAACAGGUAGAUUUAUGAGUGAGAGGGCCUGUACAGAGAACAGAUAGCCUAGUUUGGGUGAAGCCAUCCUUCGAGCAUAUUUAGUCCCAGCUAUAGUGCAAGACAUUAUCGAUUUGUAAAUGAGGGAAAGUAGAUUUAAUGUAUGACGAAAGUAAAUGAGCACUGAAAAUAAAAAAGUUCGGGACAUUUCUGUCCGGAGAUCUUUAGUACUUCCCGUGUUUUGUUCUGC